GUAAACGCACCACGGAGAGCUGCGCGUGAGGACUACAGCGUUCUGACACCACAAGCAGCGCGCGCGGUUCGAUAUCAAACUUUUCCAGACAGCACGAGAUGAAACGACUCCGGCUCGUGCUCCUGACCGCGUUGCUAUGGCAAUGCUGCCGUGCCCAGCAGAGAGGUCUGUUCCCGGCUGUGCUGAACCUGGCGUCCAUGGCAGAUAUAUCCACUAAUGCUACCUGUGGUUCAUCGGGUCCAGAGAUGUUCUGUAAGCUGGUGGAACAUGUACCAGGCCAGCCCGUUAGAAACCCUCAGUGUCGAACUUGCGACCAAAAGAGCACAAAACCAUUUGAAAAACAUCCCAUAGAAUAUGCCAUAGAUGGGACUAAUCGCUGGUGGCAAAGUCCGUCUAUCAAGAAUGGAAUGGCGUACCACUACGUGACUAUCACUCUGGACUUAAAACAGGUUUUCCAGAUCGCCUAUAUGAUCAUAAAGGCAGCCAACUCACCUCGCCCAGGUAACUGGGUCUUGGAGCGUUCAAUCGAUGGCGUGACCUUUGACCCGUGGCAGUACUACGCCAUCACAGACACGGAGUGCCUGACGAGGUUCAACAUCAAUCCACGGAGAGGACCUCCAUCCUACACCAGAGAUGAUGAAGUCAUCUGCACGUCUUAUUAUUCAAAGAUUCACCCUCUGGAGAACGGAGAGAUCCACACGUCUUUGAUCAAUGGCCGGCCCAGUGCAGAAGACCCCUCCCCGACCCUGCUGAACUUCACCUCCGCCCGCUACAUCAGGCUGGUGUUCCAGCGAAUCAGAACGCUGAACGCCGACCUCAUGACUCUGACGUUGACCCGUGACCCGAAAGAGAGUGAUCCCAUCGUGACGAGACGGUACUAUUAUUCCAUUAAGGACAUCUCAAUCGGAGGGAUGUGUAUCUGUUACGGCCACGCCAAAGCUUGUCCACUCGACAUCGCUACAAAGAAGUUUAGCUGUGAAUGUGAACACAACACAUGCGGGGAGAGCUGUGAUCGUUGUUGCCCUGGUUACCACCAGCAGCCCUGGAUGGCAGGAACCUUCCUCACUCGACACGUCUGCGAGAGGUGUAACUGCCACGGUAAGGCAGAGGAGUGCUACUUUAAUCAGACGGUAGCAGACCUGUCGCUCAGCCUGAACGUCCAAGGUCAAAACAGAGGGGGUGGAGUUUGCAUCAGUUGCCGCGACAACACAGCUGGAAUCAACUGUCAGACGUGCAUCUCUGGAUACUACAGACCCACUGGGGUGAGCGUUGAGGAGGAGAACCCCUGCAUCCCCUGCUCAUGUGACUCACACGGUUCUAUCAGCCAAUCAUGUGUCGAAGAUUCAAGCCAGGCUACACCCACUCAGCCAGCAGGGUCAUGCCGGUGUAAGGAUGGUUUUGGGGGUCUGCGAUGUGACAGGUGUGCCGUCGGUUAUAUGGGCUACCCGUCCUGCCAGCGCUGUAACUGCACCGUGGAAGGAAGCACCAACGAUGACCCGUGUAUAACACCCUGCGUGUGCAAGGAAAACGUGGAGGGAGAAAACUGCGACCGCUGUAAACUGGGAUUCUACAACCUGCAACGUGACAAUCGACGUGGAUGCGAAAAGUGCUCGUGUAUGGGCGUUUCCAGUCACUGCUCUGCCUCCACAUGGGCCUAUCACAAUGAGACCACUCUGACCGGCUGGCACCUGCUCGGAGACACAGGAGGAAGAGUGUGGUCCGUCCACAGACAGACGCCUCCUUAUCUCAGCGCCCGACACUCAGACGUUGUGAAUGAUCUCGGCUCUGCCUACUACUGGAACGCACCUGGACUAUACCUGGGAAACAAGAUCUCAGCGUAUGGAGGGAGUGUGACCUACACCGUGUCUUAUACUACAGACCAACAAGAACAAGCGGCGAUUAGGGUGACCUCACAACCUGACCUAAUCAUAGAGGGAGGCGGAAUCAAGAUUAUUGACAGAAGGUAUGGCCAGCCGGUGUACCCGUCCUCGUCAAGCACCAAUCGCAUCGCUCUCCUUCCAGAGAACUUCCUGGUUUCAGAGAGCGCACAGCCGAUCACCCGGAGGGAUUUCUUGACUGUGUUGGCCAACGUGACCACAGUGAUGGUGCGGGCCUCUUACAGCACAGAACCCAGCGCUGUGUACAGACUCCACUCAUUCUCUAUGCAGGUAGCUAACCCCUCUGCCAGAGGAGAGCAGAGAGCAUCAGCUGUAGAAAGCUGCUCUUGUCCUCCUGGAUACGCUGGAACUUCCUGUGAGGCGUGUAUUCACGGUUUUCGGAGGGUCAACGGGAAUCUGUAUAAUGGUGUGUGUGAAGCUUGUCAUUGCCACGGACACGCUGCACAAUGCCACGAGGACACAGGACACUGCCUGGACUGCUCCCAUCAAACCACAGGCCCCCACUGUGACACCUGCCUACAUGGUUAUUACGGCAACGCCACCCGUGGGUCACCUGCGGACUGUCAGCCCUGCGCCUGCCCGCUCAGUCUUCCUAGCAACAAUUUCAGUCCCACCUGCCACCUGGGUGAAGAAGGGGAUUUGCAGUGCGACCAGUGUGAACCCGGAUACACAGGACCAAGAUGUGACAGAUGUUCCAACGGAUACUACGGCCAGCCUUCUGUGCCAGGGGGAUUAUGUCAGCCCUGCGAUUGCCACAGCAACCUGGACCUAUCCAUACCUGGGAGCUGUAAUCCAAUCACGGGCCAGUGUCUGCGCUGUCGUCAAGGUUAUGGCGGCGGGACCUGCGACAGUUGUGCUGAUGGUUACUAUGGAGAUGCCAUCACAGCAAAGAACUGCCAGGCCUGUCAGUGUCAUACUAAUGGCUCUAUAUCUGAGGUCUGCAAUAAGGAGACUGGACGGUGCCAGUGCAGAAAAAAUGUGGUUGGACGACAGUGUGACGAGUGCAUCCCUAACUGCUGGUGGGACGCUGAGCGUCAGGACUGUAUUCCCUGUCGCUGCAGCCCUCACGGCUCUAUGUCCCAGCGCUGUGACAUCGAGGGCCGCUGCAUCUGUCGCCCCGGCUUUGUGGGCCGAAGCUGUGACCUGCGUCGCCAAGGUUACGAGAGGCGAGAGACCCGGAGGCCGGUGGAGCGCGUUCCCAUAGAAGCCGUGCAGCAGAGAUGGGGGGGCCCCUCCCGCACGGGGGGUUGCCCCAGGGGGGCGUACAGGCCUAAGCAAGGGGCUCAGACUCACGGCAUUAAAACCGGUGGAGCGUGUGUCCCGUGUCACUGCAACUCGUUUGGCUCCAAGUCGUUUGACUGCGAUGAAACCGGUCAGUGUCGCUGUCAGCCGGGCGUCAACGCAGCCAAAUGUGACCGGUGCUCACGAGGAUUCUUCAACUUCCAGGAGGGCGGCUGCACACCCUGCCAGUGCAGCCAUGUGGGGAAUAACUGCGACGCUAACACGGGACAGUGUAUCUGUCCUCCGAACACUAUCGGUGGGGGGUGCGACCGCUGCGCUCCCAACCACUGGGGCCAUGAUAUCGUCACUGGAUGCAAGGCGUGCGGUUGCAGCGUGAUCGGCUCGGUGACCCAGCAGUGCAACGUCAACACAGGCUGCUGCAUGUGUCGCGACUCCUUCAGAGGAGAGAAGUGCAACGAAUGUCAGAUUGGAUACAGAGACUUCCCUCAGUGCACCCAGUGCAAGUGCAACGUCGCAGGAUCGGACAGCCAGACCUGCGACCUGGAGAGAGAAGUGUGCGCCUGCGCAGAUCGGACAGGAAAGUGCAGCUGCAAGGCGAAUGUGGAAGGAGACAACUGUGACCGCUGUAAGCCAGACACGUUUGGGUUGUCGGUACGAAACCCGCAGGGCUGCAGCAACUGUUACUGUUACGGACUGACACGCACCUGCUCAGAGGCACAAGGACUCAUCAGGAUGUGGUUGGCGUUGAAGCCCGAGCAGACGGUGCUCCCCCUGGUGGAUAAGUCCAACACUGUGGAGACGAGGAGAGGAGUGAGCUUCCAGCACCCUGAGAUCCUCGCUCACACAGAGCUGGUCAGCUCAACCCUCUCUGAACCCUACUACUGGAAACUACCCGAGCAGUUCAGAGGCUCCAUGAUCACAGCAUAUGGUGGGCAGCUGAAAUAUGCAGUGUUCUACGAGGCCAGAGAAGAAACCGGUCCCUCCUCCUAUGAGCCUCAGGUCAUCAUUAAGGGCGGUCCUAACCACAACAUCCUGAUGACACGCCACAAACCGGGCAUGCAGAUUGGACAGCUCACCCGCCACGAGAUCGACAUGACGGAGCAUGAGUGGAAGUACGCAGAUGGCCGGUCUAUGACUCGAGAGGACUUCAUGGAUAUUUUGUUCUAUGUGGACUACAUCCUAAUUAAGGCGUCGCACGGCAACUUGAUGAGACACAGCCGUAUUUCAGAAAUCAGUCUAACGGUGGCCGAGGAAGGCAGACCAACCAAAGAGAGCGAGAAAGCACAUCAGAUAGAAAGAUGUGAUUGUCCAAGCGGAUACUCCGGAUUUUCCUGCGAGGAGUGUGCUGCAGGUUUCUACCGUCUUCGCGCCAGUUCCCCGGCAUCUGCUCCCGCGUCCAGAGUGCCAACCGCUGCCGGCAUGGGCAGCUGUGUUCAGUGCCAAUGCAGCGGGCACUCUUCCACCUGUGACCCUGAGACAUCCAUAUGCCAGAAGUGUCAAGACAACACAGAGGGCGAUCGAUGUGAACGCUGCGCUCCGGGAUUCUACGGUGUGGUCCGAGGUCACCAUGACGACUGUAAACCCUGCGCCUGUCCUCUCACCAACCCAGAGAACAAUUUCAGUCCAACCUGUGUAACGGAGGGAUACGAUGACUACCGGUGUACCGCCUGUCCUGAGGGAUAUGAGGGCAAAUACUGUGAGAGGUGUGCUACCGGUUACCAUGGUGACCCGCGGACGCCGGGCGGCCGCUGCGAGGAGUGUAAGUGUUCCUUGUGGGGGGCGCUGCCUGGACCGUGUGACCCUGUCUCGGGCCAAUGCCGUUGCAGGGUCGGGGCGUCGGGGACGACGUGUGACCAGUGCAUGGAGAGGCAUGUGUGUGGACCAGCUGGCAUCAUCUCCUGUGAUGAUGAGUGCUCGGGUCUGUUGAUCAGUGACAUGGACCGCCUGUAUCGCAUCAUCACUGAGGUCACCCUGACCACGCCCCUCCCACCACCUUAUCAGGUGUUGUACCGCUUCGAGAACAUGACGGAGGAACUCAAGCACAUGCUGUCACCUCAGAAAGCUCCGGAGAGAUUACUGCAACUGGCCGACUCCAACCUCGGAUCACUGGUCGUUGAGAUGGACCAACUACACAGCAGGUCCACUAAGGUGUCUGCCGACGGAGAGCAGGUCGAGGAUGAUGCUGACAGGAUUCAUAAACGAGCCGAGGACCUGGAGCAGUUCAUCAGGGACACGCUGCUGAGAGCUCAAGACCUCCAGUCGAAGGCUGCCGACUUGAACCAGACUCUCUCGCGGAGAGAUGGAACUCCAGACAAAAGCCUGAAAGAGAUGAAGGAGGAGAUCCAGGCCAUGCUAGCCGAGAUGAGAAAACGACAGCUGGGAGGGAACAGGAUCAUCGCCGAGGAAGAGAUGGACCUGGCCGAGGAGUUGUAUCAGAAAGUGAAGAGAUUAUUUGGUGACCCCCACCAGGCCACAGAAGACCUGAAAGCAGAGAUAAAAGAGAAGCUCUCGGACCAUGAGGUGAAGCUCCAGGAGGCCCAGGAUCUACUGCACUCUGCCCAGGGAAAGACGAGGCAGGCUGGCUCACUGGCUGAUCAAAACCAAGCUAACCUCACCGCCCUGGAGAGGAAGCGCUCUGCAGUGAGCGGGGUGAGACAGGACGCACAGGAGGUCCUCGGAGAAGGAGAACGUCUCCUGGAUGAAGCAAACCAGCUUUCUGACAACAUCAACAAGGAGAUAGAGGACUUGGAGGAGAUGGGAAGAGAGCUGAGUCCUCUUCAUGACCAGCUGGACAAUAAAGUCGGUCACCUCACCGACGGUUUGAGUGGCGGCAGCCUGGCCAAUCACGUGCACGAUGCAGAGGAGCACGCCAAGCAGCUGAACGAAUCUGCUGCCAUUUUGGACGGUAUUUUGGCUGAAGCUAAAAAUCUCUCCUUCAACGCAACAGCUGCCUUCAAGGCCUACAGCAACAUUAAAGCAAAUGUGGAUGCAGCGGAGAAAGAGGCGAAGGCAGCCAAACAGAGGGCGAGUGAAGCACUGGCGCUGGCUUUAGAUCCAGAGGUCCCAGUAAAGGAAGCAGCUCAAGGUGCCCUUCAGAAGAGCCACAGACUGCUAAACCAAGCUAAACAACUUCAAAAUGAUGUGAAAGAGAAUGCCGAUGGUGUGGCCGGGCUGAAGGGCAGAGUUAAAGCAGCGAGAGACAAAACCAAAGACCUGCUGAAAGCUGUCAACGGAACCAUGGCAACGCUCAACGCUAUCCCCAAUGACACAGCGGCUAAGCUGGCAGCCACAAAGGUCGUAGCAGCAGACGCUAACGCCACGGCCAUCGACGUCCUGGAGCGCCUCGGGGAUCUGAACCUGCGACUCCAUGUCCUACAGAGGAACUACAGCGAUCUGGAGGACACGGUCAACACAGCCAAUCAGAUGAUCCAGGACCCGGAGAAAAACACCAUCAUCCACGCUGCCGGAGCUAAAGUAAAGGAUUUAGAGGAUGAAGCUGACAGGCUGCUGGAGAAGCUGCAGCCAAUUAAAAAGCUGCAGGACAAUUUGAGGCGUAACAUCUCACAGAUCAAGGAACUGAUCAACCAGGCCAGGAAACAAGCUAACUCAAUCAAAGUCUCGGUGUCAUCAGGUGGCGACUGUCUCCGUAGUUACCGCCCUGAUAUCCGGAAAGGGAGGUACAACACCAUCAUCCUCAACGUUAAAACCACCACACCUGAUAACCUGCUCUUCUACCUGGGGUCAGCCAAAUAUGUUGAUUUCCUUGCCUUAGAGAUGCGUAAGGGGAAGGUGAAUUUCCUCUGGGACGUGGGUUCAGGUGUGGGGAGGGUCGAAUAUCCUCAUCACACCAUUCAUGAUGGGAACUGGCACAGAAUAGAGGCGUCUCGUAAUGGGUUGAAUGGCACCAUAUCAGUGUAUCCUCUGGAAGGCUCUAUGGCUGGUAUGAUGCCGACCCCGGCCAGUGCCAACUCGCCCACGGCCUACACCAUCUUGGACGUGGACCAGAACGCCUACCUGUAUGUAGGAGGAAUACUCGGCACUGUCAAGAAAGCCGAUGCAGUAAGAACAACAACGUUCACAGGCUGCAUGGGGGAGACCUUCCUGGACGGUAAACCUAUUGGACUGUGGAACUACAGAGAGAGACAGGGAGACUGUAAAGGAUGUGUUGUCAGCCCCCAGCGUUCAGACGGCGAGGGGAUAGUUCAGCUGGAUGGUGAGGGCUACUCCGCAGUGGGACGACCCACCAGGUGGAACCCCAACAUUUCCACCGUGACCUUUAAGUUCCGCACAUUUUCCUCCGAGUCCCUGCUCAUGUAUCUGGCUACUGAAGAUAUGAAGGACUUUAUGUCCCUGGAGCUGUCAGAGGGCAAGGUGAAGGUGAACUUUGACCUUGGAUCAGGAGUGGGCAGCGAAUUAUCAGCUAGCCGCCACAAUGAUGGACGCUGGAAAUCCCUCACCAUGUCACGGAACAAGAAACAAGCCACGGUGACCGUAGUGGACAUCGACAGCGGUGCCGAGGAGAAGAUACUCACCACAUCUCAAGGUUCAGCUACUGGUCUGAACCUCAGGGAGCACCAGAAAAUCUAUUUUGGAGGGCUGCCUACCAUUGGAAACUACAGCAUGACGGCCAGGUCAGAGGUCACUCUGAAGCGGUAUGCUGGCUGUCUUCGGGAGAUUGAGGUCUCCAGGACUCCGUAUAAUCUCCUCAGCAGUUCAGAUUAUACCGGGGUCACUAAAGGAUGUAAUGCAGAGAACCUGUACACCGUCAGUUUCUCUAAGCCGGGAUACAUGGAGCUGGGUGGUCUGUCGCUGGCGGCCGGCACAGAGAUCAGCCUGUCGUUCAGCACGCUGGCAGACACCGGGAUCAUACUGCUGGCUGUAGGCGGAGCUUCACCAAUCGGCCAGCAGGCCCGAAACGCCAACCUCCUCAACACCAAGAGGAGACGCAGACAGUCUGGAGAGCCCUACCUCUCAGUCAUGCUGAACAGAGGCUCUCUGGAGGUCUUGGUGUUUACCGGCAGCCACAGUCCGCGUCGUGUCAUCAGACGACCUGAGCAAGGCAUACUGAAUGAUGGGAGAGAACACUCGCUGCGUAUAGAGAGGCUACCUGGCAGAUCUUUUGCAGUUCAGGUGGACGAGGAAGCCAAGAGGGAGGCGGCGCUUCCCAACGACCAGCCAGUGAGCUUGCAGCGCGUCUUCCUCGGUGGUAUUCCUGCAGACGUAGAGCAGACGUCCAACAGAGUCAACGUCCCGUUCCAGGGAUGUAUAUGGAACCUCAUGGUCAACGCUGUUCUCUCAGAUUUCUCCCUGCCCGUGUCCUUUGAGAAUGCUGAAAUUGGCCAGUGCCCCAACCUCGCCCCUGCGCCGCCUCUUCUGCCGGACGAAGAGGAGCUUGAGAAGGAAAAGGAGGAGUCAAAGCCACUCAGGCCUCCACCAACUACUCCAACUCCAGCUCCUGCUGCUGAGGCCACGCCCCCUGCCGCGCCUGCUGCUACACCCACUGCUGCUACACCCACUGCUGCUGCUGCUGCAGCCCCGCCCACCGCUAAACAGGAGCCCAGCGCUGACAUGGAUUCGUGUGCAUCAGCUGUGGCCCCGACAGCGCUGGAGAAGGCCUAUCAGUUCGGACUGACCAGGAACAGCCACAUGACGUUCGCUUUUGAUGACACCAAAGUCAGAGAGAGGCUGAUAUUGGAGUUUGAGCUGAGGACGAAGGAGGACUCUGGUCUCGUUCUCUACAUGGCAAGAAUCAACCACGCUGACUUCGUUACCAUACAGAUUAAGGACGGACAGGUCUGUCUGGGUUAUGAUCUUGGUCAUGGAAACAUCUCUGGCUGCGUCCCCUUCUCCAUCAAUGACGGGAACUGGCACAAGAUCCGUGUGAGUCGUAUCAAGCAGAGAGGUCUCCUGAUAGUUGACGGGCGAUACAGUAAACAGAUGAUCAGUCCAAAGAAGGCUGACCUGUUAGACGUGGUGGGAAAGCUGUACGUUGGUGGAUUACCAGUAAACUACACCAGCAAGAGAAUCGGACCGAUUCUCUACAGUAUCAACGGAUGUAUCCGUAACUUUAAGAUGGUUGGAGGAGCUGUAAGCACUAAAGCUGCCGCUACAGGUCGCACUGAGGCCGCCGUUGAAGACUUUAAAUUGGACAUGGCCACGCCCACCUCCAGACACAUGGUAGGGCGAUGCUUUGUUGCCACGGAGACGGGCACCUAUUUUGAAGGCACUGGCUUCCUGAAAGCAGUCGCUUCCUACAGAGUGGGUCUGGAUGUGUCGAUAGCAUUAGAGUUCAGGACCAGCAGAACCAACGGAGUGCUUUUAGCCGUCAGUAACCAAGCAAACGACGGACUGGGACUAGAGAUCGUUGAGGGCAAGCUGCUCUUCCACGUCGACAACGGAGCCGGACGGAUCACAGCGGAGCACAUGCCCCAGGGCGAGGGCUUCUGCGACGGCCAGUGGCACGCCGUCACCGCCAAGAAGCUUCGCCACAAGGUGGAGCUGGUGGUCGAUGAGCAGCAGAGCCAAGCAGAGAGUCCUAACGCUCGCUCCAACACGUGUGACACCAACGACCCCAUCUACGUCGGAGGAUAUCCGGAUGGAGUUCGACAGGCAGCUCUCUCUACCAGCUCUUCCUUCAGAGGCUGUAUGAGGAACCUGAAGAUCACCAAAGCCUCUAAGACGAUGGAUGUGCAGUUCAACAAGGCUCUGGAGAUUAAAGGAGUCCAGCCUCUCUCCUGUCCUGCUGUAGCUGCCUAACCGAUACCAUAGAACUUCUCUUCUGUUGUUUACCUAAUACAGUACUUCUCCAUCUUGGUCUCUGAACCUGCACUGGGCACAACGGGACUCAUGCAAGAACGUUUUUGUAUUCUUAUCUUAACUUUCUCUUACUUUAUUUUGCACCGCGGGCUCGUACGAGUGUUCCACGUCACAUUCAGCAAACGCUCCUAACUUCAGAUAACCGCGUAAAUGACCUGCGUAAACAAGAAUUGUAAAUUAGCAUAAUUAACGCCCCAAUGAUACCAUAUAAGGAUACGAGUCCUGCCCCAUUCAUCAGCAUGCUGUCUAAAGAACCGCUAAGGCAUCCAAAAGGAGUAAGCGAUGCGCCUAGUUACACUCCCCGUUGACCUUAUUAUAUACAGAGACAAAUUAACCUUCAAUUAGUGCGUAAUUUAAGUCGUUUUGCAGUUUGAGAUGUUCAUAUUUAUAUUGUAGUGUUAUACAAUAACAUCCGUUAUCUGUAACCGCUUAUCCUAUUCAGGAUCGCGAGGGGGCUGGAGCCGAUCACAGGGCUUACAAUAGCAUCAAUGGCCAAUUUAAAUUAAUGAUGAUAUCGUUAGGCUAAAUGAAUACAUUUAGAAUUAUAUUAUAAUGCAGAGUCAAACAGGAUAAUGUUGAACAUAAUUAUGAAGUGUAAUUUACAUAUAGGUCUCAACUCAAAAGUCCUUCAAAGUAAUGAAAUAUACAACCCGUUAGUGAAAAACGUAGGUUUGGAUAACAGCCGACUCAUUACACAUGACUUGUACGACACAUCUGGAGCACUCGUAAAUUGUGUUCGUACCUGAGAGAAAAUUCAAAAUACAAGAAAAUUGGUGAUUGCGACAAUUUCUCCUAAAUCACUCGUACAAGCCACUUAGGAACAAAUCUAUUCGUACGAGUGGUUCUUGCAUGAGGCCCGUUGUUUAUACAUCAGCGUGUAAAAUACACAUACAUCUUUUUUUGUCCAGGUGCUGAACCCAAAAACUAGGUACAGUAAUACAGCGGAAACCUCUUAUAGUGAAAUCAGAAAGCUUGGUACAGAAUCUUUCCUAUAAAAAUGCUAGUUACAGUGUUAAUCUAUAGUGAUCAAUUUGACUCGGACAAUUAUUACUAUAAGCGGUUUCCACUGUACUGUAUCUGAGUCACUAGGACUCCUUUUCAAAACCACUUUUUCUUUAAUUAAUUUAGCAAGAGCACAACGUUUGGAGCCCAGAUUAGCCCUUCAUCAGGUACAGAUGUGUGUGUCGUUGACUAAAUAGUCAAGUCUCUCGUGUAAGUGUGACAACAACCGCAGAAUUGGUGCCAAGCCACUCGAUCAGAUAUAUAGUCUCCUGUAAAGCAACAUCAAAAAGUCAAACAAAAGUCAAGAAUUAUAAAGAUCAACACUAAAUCACUGGACUAGCAAUCAAAUUAUAUCAGAAUAUCAUCAUCUAAAGGCACAUAACUAUGAAAAAGAUUUAUUUAAUCAUACAUCAGAAUGUAUAUUUCCUAGUUAUGUGUCUUUUGAUAUUCUGAUAUAGUUCAUAUUUCAAUUGCUUUUCCAGUGAUUUAGUGUUAAACUUUAUAAUUCUUGACUUUAAAGAUGCUGAUUUACAGGUGACUAUAUAUCUGAUCGAGGCUGUAGCCAAACGUACAGGAAGGACACACCUGUUAUCCUGCUCCUGUUUGGGGCUAAAAACAUGUAAACUUACCUGGUGCAGUUUUCAAAGAGACCAUCAAAAACAUUUUCUUAAUUUUUAAAGGAGACCCUGACUUUAUGUAAAGUGUAAGACUCUGGUCAAUAAAUCUAUCAUGGCUACAAAUUGAGGUCUCAAAGUGUUUUAAAAAUGCGUUUCAUAGUUUGUCCACUAAGUUUACGCUAAGGAAGAUAUUAGUAUUAAGACCUGUGCUGUGGUUACAGGUGCUCACAGUAUUCAAGCUAUGUUGAGUCCUUCAGUUAUAUUAUUUUAUCCUUGUUUCAUAAACUUCUCUGGAAAAGAAUGAAAAAUUAUAUAUUUUUUGCGUGAUUUUUCUACAUUUGUCCUUCACAAACCUUGUUCCCUGAGAAUUUGAUAAGGAUAGUUAACACAGAAAUGAACAUUGUAUAGUCAUUACUUACCUCUGUACAGAAACAGAUGUGGACUGUGAACUUUAGAGAUCUAAAAAUUACAACAAACAACUGUUUUUUCACAUCCGAUGGUUCUAAAGCCACAAGAGCUUCAGCCCCAAUGUCCACUAACUAUUCAAUUAACUUAUUAUCUAAACAAUUACAUGUAGAGCCUGCUUGCUUAACCCGAAUAUCAUGAAUACUAGAAGUACAAUUGUUUGGGGGAAAGCUAAAUAUAAUAGAGUUAAUAACUGUAUGCUAUAUUGACAUACUAACUAACUUUACUGGUGCUUCAAUACACAUAAUAGUGAGUAGAUGAGAACAUUUUUUACAUUUUUUGGUGCAAUAUUCCUUUAACAUUCCACACUUAUAUCAAUUGAUUUGAUAAUAUAAUGACAAAUUGUCACACAAGCUGGAGCUUGUUUUUAAGUAAUGUUGAGAUACCAAAUUGACGGUACAAGGUUUCUGUCGGACACUAAUGGCGGUGUAUGUUCUGCAUGGUUUGGCUGAAAAUACUUUACGAAAUAUAUUCUUGAUAGCAUCAAA